AUGACUGAGCAUCGUGAAACUUUGAAAAAAGGAUUUCUUGGUGAUGCUCAAAAAUUAAUACACUCAUUGCCUCAACCAGCACAAGUACAUUUAAACUAUGAUCAGGCCUUUGAAGUAAUAGUGGAGGCAUAG